AGCUUUAAAUACAGCAGUCGCGCCAGUGACUCACAUCUGUCAACUUGUUGCUCCAGCUUUAAGGUCCUCCUCAUCACUUCAGCGAGACAAGUGAAUGAGCAGGAGUCCAGGUUAUGGUCUCAUAAACUAAAGGUGAACAUCUAAGAAGAGAAAAUGAAGACUCUGUGUGUUUUGUUGUCUGCGGUGCUCUGGACCGUAAUCCUUGACCGGACUGCUGCGGUAGCGGGACACCGACUCAACGACUCCUCUCUCGGUGAGGGGAUCUUUUCUCUCAUAGAGCAUUCAUUCAACGUUUCGGGGAAGGUGACUAACAGGACGUCUGGCUUUUUCCUGCUGGACUUUGACGAGGGCAUGCUGGAGGAUUGGAGGUCUUUGGCCAGCAAGAAGAGGCGAGAGGGGGAGUCUCAGGACCGGAGUGUGAAAGCGCUGCUGGUGGCCGCCUACUCCCUCAUCAUCGUUGUCUCCCUCUUUGGAAAUACACUGGUGUGCCAUGUGGUGGUAAAAAACAAGCGCACCCAGUCCGCCACCAGCCUGUUUAUCAUGAACCUGGCUGUGGCGGAUAUCUUCAUCACUGUGUUCAACACACCCUUCACUUUGGUAAGAGUCCACUCUACACAACUCUGAGUUUAGCUGAGGGACAACAGACUCACAUUAACUUAUCAAGAGGGUUAUGAAGAAGCUUCGACACACUUGAGAAGUCAGAAAAGUUUUUAACUAGUUUUAAAAAAACAACAUCAUUUUAAAAUGUAUACCUUUAAUGCCUGAAACUACAAAUUAUGGCCAGAAAAUUCAUUUUUUUUGGAGCUGAAAUGUUUAUUUUACUCACUAUUGAAAACCAAAAAAUUAAAAUGUCCUUAAAAUUAAACAAAUAUAUUUAUUUAUCUUGUUUGAUACAUUACAUACAUGUUUUUUGAAACUGUUCAACCACAAGAGGACAUUUUUGUCAUUUUCCAGACUGUAUUCCGGUGUUUUUUAGUAAUUUGUUGAUCACAUUGAUUUGAUAGAAGCAUCAUAAAAGUAUGUAUCAAAUAUGAUACAAAAGGCAAUAAAGGACAACUAAUGAUUUAAGUUUUUUAUUUUUAAUAGCUCAUUGGAUUUUCAAGCUAUGAACAACAAACUACUUCCCAUCUGCUUAAAAUCUUAUUAUAAAACUUUUCAAUCAGCUAGUAUUAAAAAAAAACAACUUGAAAUGUUUUGGACAGGAUAAGUAGUCAAUGAGCAUUAUUUAUUAAUAUUACUUACUUUUUAUAAAUAUCUCAUUGGAAUUUUAAGCUAUAAACUCCAAACUACUUCUCAUCUGUAUAUAAUCUCUCUUUUCAAAGCUGUUCUGUGACUCAGAAUAUCUCACUAGAGGUCCUACUAGUAGCAAAUGAAGUUGGAGGAUAACCAAACUCAGCACCCUGAUUUGUUGUAAUGUUUUCAAAAGCCAAUGGGAAGCCUGAAUUUGCUUUUUUCCCUGUGCCAUUUACCUUGCAAGCUGUUUACCUUGUUGUAACUGUGUUCUGAUUGUAACUGGAAUCUUUAAAGCCAUGGCACCAGGUUAGCACACUUCCUUAAAGUCGGAGAAUGAUAAUCUUGAGUUAUUUAGUUGCUACCCCAUGGUUAUUUGUUUUAUAGACGCAAACAUUUGUUGUUUUUUUCCAAUGCUAAAUAUCACAGUUUAUCUGAACACAGUUCUUUUAAUAUUGGAAUGAAUAAACAUGCAAUUACGUUCAACAUGUGCCUGUAAUGUUUGUUUUUUGUAAUCUCACACAGCUAUAAUACGACAGCCAGAGGGUGCCUUUAUUUUUCAUUGACCACCUGCUCCCCAAAAUGUCUGUGCACACCACUGUGGGCAAAUAAGAGUACAAGGAUGCACACCCAUACACGGCUUAAGACCUGUGUCUACAGAUUUGUUAUCCGCAUCAAUGGACCGAGUAACACAUCGAUUCAAAUCCAUACCUUUGGUUUUAUAAACAAAGUUUCAUUCUUCAGAUAAAAGGAAUGGAUAACUUGCAUGGGAAACACAUCUUCCAUGUAUUUAUCUGUAAGGAUAGAUGUAAUGGUAUAUUGUGUUUUGAAUUUCCACGAUUGUCAUUGUUUCAUAUACUCACAUACCAUCAGAUAUUGAUACCUUGUUUCCAUUUGUGUGUGUGAUCAGGCUCUGUAUAUCUGUAAGAAAGAGAAAAUACCUCUAGUGUCUAACCAAAGGAUAUGCAUAACCUGAAGAAAGAAAAGAAAGCACAGACUUAACCUGUUGCCAGGGGACUGACUAACCACAUCUGACUGUGCAUAAUAUAUGACCAUAUUUUAGUCGGAUCACAUUACUCAGAGUUACAAACAAGUUCUUUUUAAUCAUUCAAACUUGGUUGAUGAUUAAGAGCAGCUCAGUCCAAGGACACAGCCUGUAAGCCUGAUAGUAGUCUGUUAGAUAAGCUGGUUAUCUGCUAUAAAGCCUCUCUGAAACCUGCUGGAAAAAUUUAAUUUUUUCAAGGCCAUAACAUGGAUUUGAAACGAACGCAUGACUUUUUUUUUUUUUCUCUAUUUGUGUGUGUCCUCUCAGGUCCGAUUUGUGAACAGCACCUGGGUGUUUGGGAGGACGAUGUGUCACAUCAGUCGUUUCGUGCAGUACUGCUCCCUGCACGUCUCAACUCUAACUCUUACUGCGAUCGCGCUGGACCGACGUCAGGUUUGUCUUGAUCAGGAGAUGAAACUGCUCUGCUCUUUUCUCCUUGGGGGGGGAAUGGGGCUCCGGCGUUUCCUGUGUGAUGUACAGGGGCUUAUGUGAAUUUAUCAAAAAAUGACAAAAAAGUUGAUGAAGCUCAGUUUUACAGGCAAGACAACCACGAUUCAGUAAAGUAACAUAAGAAAUCCAGGGUGCUUAGUAAAAAUGAUCAAACAACAUAGUACAUGUAUGACAAGAUUACAAGAAAAUUGAAUUUGGGAUGGGUUAUCUUUAUGUUUAAAAAAAUGGACACAACAUACAUUAACAAAAGAGACAUUACACCAGAGAAAGUCCCUCUGGUUACUCUGAUUUUGACUGUCUCCCACCAGAAUACCAGAAGAGAAUCAGAAGAGAGAGUUAUCAGUCAUGGAGUUCUUCAAAAUGAAAUCUUUUGAUAUCCCAAGACUCAUAAAUCUCCAACACAGUAACAGAGUAACGGAAAACAACAAACAAAGACUAAAGUAUGGGGGGAAAAAGACAUGGAGACCAUGACUUUGUGGUAAAUUUGACUUUUGAACUUGAACUAUUGAAAUCUAAUCAGUCCUAAUUUGUAUGAGCCCUACACAAAAGCUAUCCACAUUCAGAUUAAAACCAAUUAUAUAUUUUUGAUUUUUUUGUCACUUGCUUUUGUUAAUGAUUAUCAAACAUUACUGAAUGUUUUUUUUAAUUAAAAUGGGAAUCUAAACGUGGUGGUUAGACGCUGUUUUGAGUAAAAUGUUGCCUGUGAGUAAAAUAAGGGAUCUGAGGGAAACUGUCAUUCCUGAAAUCCUCCCUCUCCUUGGUGUGUGUGUCUCUAUUUGUUUGAUAUUCAGUAGUAUGUGAUUGAUCAGGGGAUCAGACCACACUUCAUUUAUAAAUCCUCUCAGAAACUAAUGACAUUGACCUUUAAGGCUUCAAAUCUAGUGUGACAAACAAAUGUGAUCCUCUGCCCUUUAAAUGAUAACUCAGGAACGCCUCAGGUAGAAACAGCUGUGGAAUAACUUUUAAACUUAAUCCCCAGAAUAAUUGAAUUUAAAGAUUUAUUUACCUUGUAGUUAACAGUCAGUCACUUUGACUACACUUUUUAAUUCUUGUGAAAAUCUUCACAUCUUGAGGGAUUUUCAUGUGGCUUGAGAGGGAAGGCUCAAGUUGACCUUCCCUCUCAAUCUUUUGUCCCCCAGCACCUUGUCCACCUAUUCAUUUCUCUGUAGAGAGAAGGGUCACUGACAAUAACACGACCUUUGAAGACACACUGAGAAAAAGAAUGAGAGUUUUUAUCUGAAGGCUAGCAACUGCAACUUCAGCGAUUCCUGCAUGAGAUGUGAGGUUACCAUGUUGUUUUUCUCCCUCCUCACUUGCUUUUAUGUCAAGGUAAAAAAAGAAAACAAAGAAGAAAAAAUUCUACUUUCUUCCUCCCCUCUCUUCCUUUCCAUUCAGCAUAGCUGUGGCUUCAAAGAUAAGCUACUGCAGACACCUGCAGAUUGUCGGCAUGAAAUGAUUGCUGUUUUGAAAAGUAGCUUUCAGGGGGUUCACUCUACAAAAACAGUUACGUCAUCUGCAAAGAUCCCCCACAUGUUAAACCUGUAUGGGUCUCUACAGUCACUCACAGACAUGGACUUAAGGUGAAGUGGUGCAGGACUGUGACAAAUGACUUUUAUUUUGUUUUUGUCAUCUUUUCCUUCGUGUUUUUAUGUUACACACUAUGACAACUUUGUACCUCGGUGUGCGGUUAGUAGGUGUGCUGCUGGUACUUGAGAGCACAACUAACAGUCCUCACUGGCUGACUGAAUCGUUCAGUUCUCAUGGUUUUCGCUUCACCCUCUCUACAACAUAUGGUCCAUCUUCUAUACAUCAUUUACAUUAAUCCAUUCUCCAGCAGACCACCUCAGCAGCUAACCAACAACUAGUCUACUAAAUAUUCACAUUUAUAUCCAACUUUUUCAGCAUUCACAGUUUGGUGCCAGCUAGUUAAUGAUCGAUUUACAUACAUUACAGACAUUACUUCGGUCAUUCGGUUUCUUUUUUCAGUGUAGCACAAGCUCGUUCAGCAUGCAGCAUUCACUGCAUGUGUUCCUUAGAUAUUGCUUUUUCGAGUCAUUACAGGAUGUUCUGCAUGAUCCUAUGAUUGCUCAUCUUCUUAAAGGUCACUCGGAGUAGAAUCAUGACUGUAUUACUCAACCAUCCAUUACAGGGCCACUAUGAAUUAAUUGAAAUUGCAAUAAGGCUUGUUAGAUUCAUGUCAGUUUUACUUCUCUGUAUACAAACGUAAACUUAAUAUGCUUUUGUCUUACACCGAUGACAAAAAACAGACCUAAAAUCAAACAAAAUCACAAAAUAGUCCAGAAAACUACAUCAAAAUUCUUUAACGCUUGCAAAAAAACACAUCUGAAAUGAGCAACAAAAGGAAAGUGCUUUCAGUGUCAAGGUUUUUUCAAACAUCCUUCUUUGGUUGUUUGGGUGAAAACAUGAGUAACAAGAAACUCUAUUUCAUCGCACUCAAAUAACCCAGAGAAUCUUUCUCCUGGUCUUUUCAUCAGUUUGAUAAUGCACCUUUGAAUUUGUUCAUAAAGUGCACCUGGACUGAUGUUGCCAAGAUCUAUGUGCAGAACUCAAAAACUCUUAUUCAAGAAGAUCCUACUAAAAAAAUCUAAAAGGGGGUACGUUUGACAAGGGGUUCACAAGGCAGGAACAGGCAUGGACAGCAUGGAUAGUAAACCAAGAAAGAAGGGGAAGACAGGGACUGUAUACACAUAGAGGGAACCAAGCAACAAGUGAGAGAGACAUGACAGAGGUGAGAAGAUAGGAAUAAUGAACACAGUGAAACAGUAACAACAGGGAACAGAAACACUUGGAAAAGUGAAACUAACAAGAACCUACCAUGACAUUUCUCCUCCCUUUCAAACUUCUCGGGCCUCUGAAAACAGUGACAUACUGAAUUAAGGCUACUUUGUGUUCAAACGUUUUCAUUUUUAACUCAGAGGUCGAGUCAAGUCAACCUUUAUUUAUAUUGUAUAAACAACUAGAGUUGACCAAAGUGCUUUACAAAGUAAGAAAAGUAUCAAAGCAUUUUUUAAAGUGUUUUAAUCUGUCAGGAUAAUAACAUUUUCAACUUGAGGUGAAAGCCAAAGAGGAAAGAUAGGUCCUCAGUAAGGAUUUAAAAUGUUCAAUAGUGGGGGCGGUUUUUAUAUGAGGUGCUCAGCUGUUCCACGAGUUCUGAGCAGCUACUGCAAAGGCUCAAUCACUCCUAGUUUUGAGGUCAGUUUUAGGUUCAUCCAGGAGCAGUUGAUUGUUUGACUUUAGAGCUCUAGCCAGACUGUGGACAUUAAAAAGCACAACAAGUUAAGAUGAAGUUAAUCCAUUCAGGGCCUUAAAAGUCAGCAACAAAAUUUCAAAAUCAAUCCUGUGACGGAUUGGAAGCCAGUGCAGAGAGAGAGAGAGAGAGAGAGAGAGAGACACGGGUGUAACGUGGUCUCAAUUUCUCUUUCCAGCCAGGAGGCGAGCAGCUGCAUUUUGAACAAGCUACAGGCUCUGAAUGGCUGACUGCUCUAAGCCCACAUACAAAGAAUUACAAAGAAAGUGUGGAUCCCCCUCUCUAAAUCUCCAGGAGGGGAAUAAAUAAAGUUGUUUUAAAGUUAUUAAAGUUCAGUAAAGUUAUUCUUAUUCUUAGAAGCCUUUACUUAAGAUACAAUUUUUAACUGUAAGAAGCUGGACUUAACAACAGAAGACCAAGGCUCUUCACAGAGGAGCAAACACAAUUUGCAAGAGGGCCAAGAGCGCUGCCAUCCAGCUGUUCAAGGUAUCCAAACACAAUGACCUUAGUCAGGAAGUUUAGGCUCAGACAUGACUUAUAAUCUUUCAGACAGUUGAGCAAAGGCUGCAGUGACCCCCACUCCUCAUCCCCAAAGGAAAAUAAAUCUGAACGUCAUCAGCAUAGCGAUGAAAUGACACAUUAUGCUUACAAAAAUAGAGCCAAGGAGUAACAUAUAGAGAGAAUAAGAUUGGGCCCAGAGCAGAUCCCUGAGGGACACCACAAGUAAGAAGGGCUGUCUUAAAGGAGUAAUCCCCAAUGCAGACAGAGAAGGUUCUGCUCACACACCUCUCUAGCUGAGACAAGUGGAUCUUGUGAUCGACAGUAUCAAAAGCAGCUGUUAGGUCUACGAGAACCGUAGUGGAGUCUGCAGAACCAACGGUUAAAAAUCACAUUAUUUAAAACUUUGAAAAGUGCAGUUUCAGUGCUGUGAAACAAUUUAAAACCAGAUUGAGACUUUUCCCAAAUAUUGUGGUUAACUAAAAAUGUCUGCAGCUGAUUAAUACUUACUUUCUCCAGGACUUUGGAUAAAAAAGCAGCUUAGAAAUGGUUCUGAAGUUGGAAAGAACAGAGGAAUCAAGAUUUCUGCUUUUAAUCAGAGGCUGCACAACAGCAUCUGGAACACAGUCAGAAAUAAGGCAAAUAUUUAUCAAUAAAAGGAUUCAUUGCCCAACAGAGUCAGGUACCGCCUUGAAGAGACAGGAGGAAUGCUUUCUGGAGGACAGUAUGUAGACCAGAGAUGGUGAACCGCCUUGAACUGGUCCAAGACAGCUGGGCACAAAGGACGGACAUAGGGGUCUGGCUGAGUGUGGGAGGAUCGUGAAGGUUUGAGAGCAGAAAUUUUCUCAACAAAGAAUUUAAGAAAAUUGCCCCAAAGAACCUUGGUUGGUAAGACAGGUGCUGGAUCACCUGGAUUUAAAAAACAGAGUUAAAAACAGUGAAAAGACCCAGAGACCAGCGAAAGUUUCCAGAGACUAUGCUGGAAAUGAAAGCCAGUUUUUGCUGUUUUCACAGCAUUUUUAUAACCAUGUCGGUUCGUUAUCCAGCACAGACAGACAAAAGCACAGUCAUUUGAUUGGUUGCCAGUGGUUUUGAAAUUGGACAUGAGUCAUUUCCUUUGGAUGAAAUUCAACCCUGAUUUGUAUAAAGAUGGAGUAAAUAAAAACUCUGAUGGUUUCUACAUAAUUUAAACUAUAUAUCACACUGAGAAUAGACAACAGACAUCUUAUAUAGCGUCCUAACUUUUUUGGUAUUAGUUUGUAAAAAGUGUUGUAUGAAUAAUGUAUUUUCUGUAAGUUUAUCUGAUCUGUGUGUUUUCAGGUGAUUUUACAUCCUCUAAGGCCUCGCAUGUCCCCGGCACAAGGUGGGAUCUGGGUUACUGUGAUCUGGAUAAUGGCCAGCUGCUUCUCCCUGCCACAUGCAAUCUACCAGAAGCUCUUGACCUUUACAUACAGGUAAAAAAACCGCACUCUUGAUGACAAUUAUAUGAUUUUUUUAUGGUAAUGGCUUGAUUUUUGGUCUGAAGAUGGACAGAAAAGAUCAUAAUGAUAUUUUAAAAAGUGUUCAGUAACUGAUGGACUUCAAGAACAGAGCAGAAGGAUUAUUGAUCAGACAUGGCCAAAGGAAAAAUCCUCCAAACGUACUGAAAACGGCUGGACUGUGAUUAAAUAUGUUUCAAUGUGUGAGUAGAAAGAUUUUUGCACCUGCUGCUUCAAUUUGCAGUGAAACAUAUUUCCUGUGUGCUCAAUAAUACUGCUGUGAAAGUAAAACCUCGUCUUGAUAUCCCACAGCUCUAAUAAAGCAGUCUUAAACUGUGGUACAAUUGUGACUUUGUAUGACUGAUUGACAAGAGUUUCAGCAAAAGAUAAAUUGUACAGGGUUUCUAACGGUUAAGAUAAAAGAAACUAUUUUCGGCAAAAGUCAUUGUUACUUCCGUGUGAACAUAAUUACAGACAUCAAAAUCAGUGUCGAGAAAAUUAUAAUGUAUGGUCUGAAAAAGCUAUAUGUACCCAGUGUACAGGAAGAUCAGUCAAGGAGUUGUCAAAGUGGUAUAACUAUAGACUGUAUAGAAAAUGGACAACUUGGUUCCGCCUCUUGCCAGUAUACAGAUUUGAAGCUGAAAAGCUCUCAGUAUUUGUGUGAUUUUUCUCCACUUCCUGAAACCAACAUUGUGCAGCAGCGUUGUACGCAUUCAGCGGGAGAGUCGCUGAGAGUCACUGUGAUGGCGCUCGGCUCAAACAACAUAUCCCUCGGGUGACCUACGCAAUUUUUGUACGCCAAUAGGCUGUAUCAAGUGUCAAUCAUUGAAAACAUGAACCCCCUAAAAACUUUUAAAAAUGGAGCUGUCGAGAAAAAAGAGGACUUGAGUACAAACCAGUCUUACAGUAACUACAUGUCAACAUCACAACCAGGGGGGAGAAAAAUUUAUAUUCUGUGUAAUAAAUUUUUAAAGUUUGUCCACAGCUUCAUAGGAAUUGCUGGAGGAGGCAAGAUUUAUGACCUAUACUGCAGCCCGUCAACAGAGGGUGCUGUUCUCAGGGUGGCUUCACCCAACGAGGAGGCAGACGGCAUUCUAUAUCCAGUCUAUGGUUAUAACGCGUUUAUUUAGCAGUCUAAAUUAAUAAUUGAUGAGCUCUAUGUUGAAAAUGUCUGCCAUUGAUUGUUGUCGAUUAAAUGAGUCGUAGAUUAAUAAUAUUUGGGUGGUUGAUUGGACAGCAGUUUUAGCGAUAUCACAGCUGCAGCAUGACAUGCUACAUCACCUGUUUACGGACAAAAGCUUUAAGUUCUUGACAACAUAACUAAUAACUGUCUUUCCUGGUUCUUCUGUGACAUAAUCCACCUGACCAGUAAGGAAAAGGAGCGCAGCCUGUGUGUCCCAGACUUCCCUGAGCCUUCAGACGUCUACUGGCAGUGUAUUGACCUCCUGACCUUCAUAUUACUUUACAUGCUGCCACUCCUCAUCAUCACUGUGUCUUACACCACAGUGGCCUGCCGGCUGGGCUGCUACAACGCCAUCGGGGACACCACAACAGCUCAGCAUGCUGCUCAAAAGAAAAAACGGAGGCGGACAUUGGCUAUGCUGCUCCUAGUCGUCGGGGUGUUCGCCGUCUGCUGGUUCCCGCUCAACUGCUAUGUGGUGCUGCUGUCAAGCCAGGCCAUCCAUUCCUCUAACGCCAUCUACUUCUGCUUUCACUGGCUGGCUAUGAGCUCCACCUGCUACAACCCUUUUAUCUACUGCUGUCUGAACCCCACUUUCAGGCAGGAGCUCAGGCUGCUGGUAAACAUGUGCAGGGAGAAACGCAGGGCUGUGGACGGGUUGGAGCCGGGGCUUCGUCCAGCAGCCGCCUCUGCUCCUCGACACAGGGAAGCUUGGCUUGACAACCAGGAGUCCGCCUGUCCAAGGCGUGCUCUGUCCCACCCAGGCCAAGCCUCUUUGCAGCAGAGCCAUUCCUCCUCCGGUCAGUCCCACAACCUAAAAGACACACACGUGCUCUUCACUGUGAGACAGGUCCUGACAGGAAGAACGGACAUCCUCUCUGUGGAGCCCAUCAUAGCUGUAAGCUGACUGAGAACUACAUGAUGGGCAUUUGGUUUUCCACAGCCUUAAUACUAAUAUACCAUUUGGUUCCAAAGAGGACAGAAAUCUGUCAGAGGCCUGGCUCGGCCCACAUAAAAUGAGUUUUUGAUUGUGCAAAGAUGAAAAAACUGCAGCCGUUAAAGGAUUUCUCUUUGGGUUGCACUGAUUUUCUGUUUCCACAGGGUUCUUUCUUUUUUAUCUCCUUCUCUGUUACAAAGGUUGUCAGAAAUGAAGGUUUCUGAUCAAGUCCCUCAACAAAAACUGUCUGUGAAGAGGUUAUUGAAAGGAUCACACAUCUUAAGCUUCAGUUGACAAGUUUAUGUUGAAAGUUUAGAUUUCUUUCAGUAUUUUUUAAAUGGUCUUAACCUUUGUGUUGUCUACAUCUUUUGUUUACAACCCUCGUAUUUUGGGUCAAAAAUCACCUGUCCUGGUUAAACCCUUAAUAAAAGGUAGCCUCAAAGACAGACAACUUGUUAAUUAUCCGUGUUUCUCUUAUCAUUAAAAGUGUGGCCUUUAACUUUUACAUCUAGCCUUUCUUUUUCAAAGGAUAUCUUUUUUCAUCAAGAAUAUCUUCCUAGCUGC